UCUGGGAUUCCUGUGUAUUAAAAAAACUUAGUAGCCUGGCAAUCUUGAAGGACGCCAAGUUGGCAGAUCAGAGAAAAUUUCUCCAACAUGUCGUUUGAAGUUUUCGCUUUUAUUGUGGCAAUUUUAAUCAGUAUUGCUUUGAUAUUUUUAGUCAUAUGGAACAUUAUUGCGUUUGAUGACCUCAAAACUGACUACAAAAAUCCGGUAGAUUUGUGUAACAGUCUUAAUCCGCUUGUUUUACCAGAAUAUUUAGUCCAUGGUGGUAUCACAUUGUUGUUUCUAUUUGGUGGUCAGUGGUCUGCUGUAGUGUUUAAUAUCCCAUUGCUUGCUUAUCAUGUACACAGAUACAUCAAUCGACCAAUGAUGAGUAGUGCGGGUCUUUACGAUCCAACAGAAGUGAUGAAUGCAAGUGAAAUGUGGAGAUGUCAGAAGGAAGGCUGGAUCAAACUAGCUUUUUACCUCAUUAGCUUCUUUUAUUACUUGUAUAGAAUGAUGUAUGCAUUACUUGUUUAAAUCAAAACUCGUGAGAGCUACAAAGGUUGUAUCAUCUUGRAAGUACAGUGAAAGCAUUAUACAUCAUGGGGAGGCAAAAGGGRGACAAAAAUAUUGAAAAAUGUGUACAAUGUUGCCUGUAAGAUCAAGGAAGUGCAACUAAAAUAGUAAACACGUAUUUCCUGUUCAUGAAAUCAAAGUGUUUGCUGGG